AUGGACCGUCGCAGAUCCUGCGUGCUAGCGGCGCUGCUGGCGACCGCGAGCGCGUUCGCGCCGCGCGCGGCGCCGCGCUGCGGCGUCGCCGUCUCGGAAAGUCCGCUGGACCGCCUCGGCGGGCUCCUGGGCGGCAAGAAGGCGGCGCCGCCGCCGAUCGUCGAGGACGUCGCCGUCGACGACGUCGCGCCCGGCGAGAUGACGACGGCGGUCGAGGGCCUCACGCCGGAGCUCGACGGGCUGCGCAAGGCGAACGCGCUCUUCAACCAGGGCCUCAUCGGCCGCGACGAGAUCGACGAGUACAGCCGGACCUUGGGAGAGGCGCAGCGCGAGAAGGCGCGCGCGGCGGCCGCCGCCGCCGCCGCGGAGAAGAAGCGCGAGCGGGAGCGCCGCGAGGCGUCGGAGCGCGUCGCGAACGCGUCGCUGUCCGCGGCGUCGUUCGUCGCCGGCGCGGCGGGGAACGCGGCGCGGGGCCUCGCGGGCGCGGCCGCGGCCGCGGCCGUCGGCGCGACGAAGAGCGCGGCGUCGGCGGCGGCGGGCGGCGUCGCCGGCAUGGCCAAGGGCGCCGUCGGCGGCGCCGCGGACCUCGCGGCGGGCGCCGUCAAGGGCCUGGCGGGCGCCGUCGUCGACGCCGCGGUCGUCAAGCCCGCCAAAGCCGUCGGCGACAAGGUCGCCUACGAGCUCGGCGCGCCGAAGCGCGCCGUCGACGCCGCCGCCGCCGAGGCCGCCGCGGCGCCCGGCCGCGCCGCCGACCGGCUCAAGGCCGAGGCCGACGCCGCGCGCGCGGCGGCCGACGCCGCGGCGGAGGACGCGCGGCUCGCGGCGCUCGCGCGCGCGGACGGCGCGCGCGCGAGCGUCCAGGACGUCGUCGACUCCGUCGCGACGCUGCCGGACGCGACGCGCCGCGCCGCCAAGGCGAGCGUCACCGUGCUCCGCGGCUUCUCGGCGCUCGCGGCCGAGAGCGGCAAGGAGGAGGUCGUCGAGGCCGACUUCGCCGCCGCGGCGAGCGAGACCAAGGGCACGGCCCUCGCCGUCGACGAGGGCGUGCGCGUCGAGAGCGAGGUCGUCCUCGACGACGGCGACGUCUUCGACCCCGGCCUCGAGGACGACCCGGGCGCGAUCUUCUCGGCCGUCGCCCGCGCGGGGCUCGCGGCCGCGGCCAAGGUCACGGGCGACAAGGCCAAGGAGCUCACGGAAUCCGUCGUCGCGGACACCAAGGCCGCCGCGCGCGCGGCCGCGGAGGAGAAGGUCGCGGAGAAGCAGUUCAAGGCCGCGGCGGAGAAGGCCCGCGCCGACGAGCUCCAGCGCCAGGAGUACAAGUACGAGACCGCCGCGGCCAAGGUCGAGCGCGAGGCGCUGCUCGCGGCGCGCGACCGCCUCGCCCUCGACCCCGCGGCCGCCGACGAGCAGCGGACCGCGCUCGUCGACCCCAAGCGCGCGCCCGCGUGGGAUCUGCUCCAGUCCGAGGUCGCGGAGCAGCUCGUCGCGCGGACCGAGGCCCUCAAGCGCGCCCGCGACGCGCGCCUGCCCGCGCCCGCGGCGAAGCCCCCGCCCGUGCGGCCCGCGGCGCCGCUCGGGCCCCUCUUCGACCGCGCCGCCGACGACCGCGAGCGCGCCGCGGCGGCGUCCGCGAUGGCGCGGGACCGCCUCCAGGAGGCCAGCGACAGCCUCCUCCUGGAGGCCAACUACCUCGACGACGACACGCGGGCGAAGCUCGCCGCGGACCUCGCGGCGCGCCUCGUCAAGAAGACGGAGGCGGCCGCGGAGGAGAAGCGGCGGGAGAAGUCCUGA